GAUAAUAACGCACCAAAUGUUGAACCGAAGACCACCACCGAUACCGACACCAACUCAUGCGUGCCUUCAAGUGAUUCGGUUGUUAGUAGUGUUUGUCCGACCAUUAGUGACACCAAAUGCACCUCAACUACCAUUAGUACAAUACAAUGGGCGCCGUCUGUGCAGCACUCCAUUAAUGAUGGCUCGGAUCAGAUCAACACUAAAGACAGGUUAACGUCUUGUGCGGAACGGAUGACAAACACUAAAACUGAUAUUUUGUGCGAAACCGAUGCUAUUGUCAAUUCAAACCAAACUAUUGUCGAUAACAACAAACAAAACAUUAUUGUUAUUAAUGACAAAACAUUAUCAAACGAACAGUCAGUUGAUAACAAUUUGACAACAUUUACCUCUUCUGUCGGUGUCUUAUGUAAUGAUAGGUCCGAUAGAGCGAGGAAUGAAUGCUUAGAUGUCUUCGACGACAACACGUGUGACAAACAGUCCAAACUAUACUCAAGUCUAACCAAAAAUUGUGACGUGAAAGAGGACACCAAAACCAAAGUGAUUAAAGUCCAGUUGCCUUCAGGUGUGAGCGAAAGACUGUCACCAAAACACCUGAAUGACCCCCAA